AUGGAAAAAGUGGUGAAAACAGUGUGUGUUUAUAGGUCUAAAAACUCUAAACUAAACAAUCAUUCUUCUUCACUCUCUGUGUCUUUAGAGUUGGAACAUUCUCUUGUCGGAGCUCCAAUCUCGUCUCUGGUUUGGUUUUUCUUCUUCACUUAUCUUUCUCUGUAGUAAACAUAAAUCUCCAUUGUUGGAACAAGCAAGCUUCUUCUUUUUUCAAAGGAGAUGUUUUUUAAGUGUCGUUCACGUAAAAAAAUGGAGAUGGUAGCUACCGCCAUGAUCCACCUUCUUCCACCUUUUUUCCUGUUCAUAUCCGCCGUGUCAACCACCUGUUCUUUGGACCACGACCACCACCACCGACGUCUCCUCCACCAGCCUUUCUUCCCACAUACUACCCUCCCACCAACUUAUCCUCCUCCUGCUUCACCACCAUUUCCCUCGCCGCAACCUCAGCCUCGCCAAAAUCAACAGCCGAAGUAUCCUUUCUCCACUACUCCGCCUUCCACCCCUCAAGCUCCAUUUUUUCUUUCCUUCCCUUCUCCUCCGCCGCCUCCGUCGCUGUCGUCGACCCUCCCUACUUUUCCCGCGAACAUUUCCUCCCUGCUCAUACCCCAAUCUCCUUCCCCCUCCUCACACCGCCGUCACCUCCUCCUCAUAUCACUCUCUGUUUCCCUCCUCGCCGCCGCCAUCAUCCUCUCUGUCGCAGCCAUCACCCUCUUCCUCCGCAACCGCAGCGACCAAAACACUUCCUCCGACGACAAAGCUUCCCGGUCAGACUCCCUCCGGUUAUUCCCUCCCAACAUUCCCCCUUCUGAUGCCUCACAGAAAUCACCACCUCCACCGCCGCCGCCGCCGCAUCAACCGCCGCGCUACGUCUCGACGAAUCGUAGCUCGGAGUUCCUCUACUUGGGUACCCUUGUUAACACUAGAGUAGACGCUGCUACAACAACGACAACCCUUUCUGGCAAUGUGGGUAUCAAGCUAGGAGUCACAUCUUCUCCUUAUCAAAAGCUCGGCUCUCCUGAUUUGAAUCCAUUGCCGCCAUUGCCAAAGGUCCAAAAUUUUCCAAGUGGUGAACAGUUCAUCCAAGUUCCGCCAAUGAGUAGCUUUCAAACUAACGUUGAAGUCGAAGAAGACGAGUUCUUUUCACCGAGAGGAUCUUCACAUGGAAAAGAGAGUCCUCCACAAGUAAGAACCGAGUCAAGCUCGAGGAGGGACUUCCAUGGCGAAAUCUAUGGCAGUCGAAGCUUCAACUCAAGAACCGCUUCGUACCCUUAUUCAAACUCAUGCUCACCUUCGAAUUCAUUCUUGAACUCGAGUCCUUUGAGCCAAAGAUCACCAGAUACUGUCGUUCCUAUAUAUACAGUGAAAGUAACGAAUCCAUCUUCAACUUCACCUUCAUCUUCGAGAUUAUCUUCGUCAUCUUCGGAAAGGUAUUCUCCCGAUCGAGGUUCUUCAGCUCAGAACAAGGAAUCUCCAUCAAAGGUUGUACUUAAGAAGCUUCCACCGCCACCUCCACCGUUCCCUCCGGCGCGAUUUUGGGAGGUUCCCACCAUGGCGAACUCUGUACCAGAGACUAAAACCGGUGGACCGCCGAUCCUUAUUGCACCCUCCAGGCCAGUGUCGUUGCAGAAUAAUGAAGGCUUAGAGAGGAAUGCUGCUGAGACUCCAAAACCGAAGUUGAAGCCUUUGCAUUGGGAUAAAGUUCGAGCAAGUUCAGAUCGAGCCAUGGUGUGGGAUCAGAUCAAAUCAAGCUCAUUUCAACUGAAUGAAGAAAUGAUUGAGACGCUGUUUACGGUGAAUAAUUCAAAAUUGCCCGCCAAAGACAUUGGUCGCCGGCAGAGUUUGCCGUCUUCUAAUCAGGAAAACCGUGUGCUCGAUCCGAAGAAGUCCCAGAACAUUGCAAUUUUGUUGAGGGCACUAAAUGUGACCAUUGAGGAAGUCUGUGAAGCUCUUAUGGAAGGUAAUUCAGACACUCUUGGGACCGAGCUGUUGGAAAGCUUAUUAAAAAUGGCUCCAACCAACGAAGAAGAGCGUAAGCUGAAGGACUUCACUGAUAAAUCCCCUUUUAAGCUAGGUCCGGCCGAGAAGUUCCUCAAGGCAGUGCUCAACAUACCUUUUGCCUUCAAAAGGGUCGAUGCGAUGCUUUACAUUGCUAAUUUUGACUCUGAAAUCGAGUACCUGAAACGGUCUUUUGAAACUUUAGAGGCCGCAUGCGGAGAGCUGCGAAACAGCAAAAUGUUUCUGAAGCUUUUGGAGGCAGUGCUCAAAACUGGAAACCGCAUGAAUGUUGGCACCAACCGAGGCGAUGCCCAAGCGUUCAAGCUCGACACACUCUUAAAGCUCGUUGAUGUAAAGGGCACCGAUGGGAAAACCACGCUUCUGCAUUUUGUUGUUCAGGAAAUCAUCCGAGCCGAAGGUUCUCGCCUUUCCAGUGCUAAUCGGAAUCUGAAAGCUGAGAAAACACAGCAGUCUGAUUUUCAGGAUGAUGUCGACUUUAGUAAGGUCGGCCUGCAAGUCGUUUCUGGUCUAAGCGGGGAGCUAACUAACGUGAAGAAGGCUGCCGCUAUGGACUCGGACGUUCUCAGCAUCGAUGUUGCAAAACUUGCUACUGGUAUCUCUAAAAUCCGAGAAGUUAUAAAACUAAACGAAGAGAUUGCUCUGAAAGACAGUAGCCGCAAAUUCUCGGAAUCGAUGAUCGAGUUCCUCAAGAAAGCCGAGGAAGAGAUUGUCAGGAUCCAAGAACAAGAUAGAGUGGCCCUCUCCAUGGUAAAGGAGAUAACCGAGUAUUUCCAUGGCAACUCAACCAAGGAAGAAGCUCAUCCAUUCCGGAUCUUCAUGGUCGUCAGGGAUUUCCUCUCUAUCCUCGAUCAAGUAUGCAAGGAAGUUGCAAAGGUCAAUGAGAGGACGAUAUGCUGCUCAGCCCGACCAUUACCAAAUCCCACCCUGCUACCGGUUUUCCCCGGACUCAACGUAACACAACACGACGGUUCCUCAGACGACGAUGAUGAAACCUCAUCAUCCUCGUCGUAGUUCCCGGAUCUUGCAACAUGUGGUUUGUUAGUAAAAAUGUGAACAUUAUGAUAUCAUGUAAAUAAACCAGUGGGUUUGAGUUGAUAAUCAAAGUAGAACAUGUGUCUUUGAAGGUGCCACGGUCCAUGUCUUGAAUGUUACAUUUUUACACAGUAUGGAGAAUGGGUUAAUAAAGUAAUUGACUAAUAGGGUGAAGUACGGAAGAGUGUAAGAUUCAGACUGUGUUUUGAUGGGGGAGUGGGGACAGUGAAUUGAAGGUCAUGGCCUAUCAAAUCAAUGUUGUGAUGGGGAUUUGUCUGUUUCUUUGUGGCUGAGAGGAUCCUUUUAUUUAGGGCAGAGGGA